UGGAACAAGGGCAAGAGCAAAGAACACCACAGUUUAAUCUUCAUCACAGGGCCAAGGUCCCUUCAAAAGAGAUUAAAGUAGACCUAGCUAAUUGUUCACUUUAUGAGUCAGAGAGUCAAAAGUUAAUAGCAGGACUGUUAUAAAAUAAGCUUUAGAUUUCAGGCUCCCAGUUCUCUAAGAAGAGAGGGCAUCAUGGAUGGGGCUGUGGUCCUGGUGCUCUGUCUCUCCUGUCUGCUUCUCCUCUCACUCUGGAAACAGAGUUCUGGGAAGGGGAAGCUCCCCCCUGGCCCGACUCCUCUCCCAAUUCUUGGAAAUAUCCUACAGUUAGAUGUUAAGAACAUCAGCAAAUCCUUAAGCAACCUCUCAAAAGUCUAUGGCCCUGUGUAUACCGUGUAUCUUGGCUUGAAGCCUACUGUUGUGUUGCAUGGCUAUGAAGCAAUGAAAGAAGCCCUAAUUGAUGCGGGAGAGGAGUUUUCUGGAAGGGGCCAUUUCCCAAUGGCUGAGAGAGUUAAUAAAGGGCAUGGAAUCAUCUUCAGCAAUGGAAAGAUAUGGAAGGAGACCCGGCGCUUCUCCCUCAUGACCCUGCGGAAUUUUGGGAUGGGGAAGAGAAGCAUUGAGGAACGCAUUCAAGAGGAAGCCUGCUGCCUUGUGGAGGAGUUGAGAAAAACCAAUGCUUCACCCUGUGAUCCUACUUUCCUCCUGGGCUGUGCUCCCUGCAAUGUGAUCUGCUCCAUCAUUUUCCACAAUCGUUUUGAUUAUACAGAUCCAAAUUUUCUUACCUUGUUGGAAAAAUUUAAUGAAAACUUCAAGAUUAUGAGCACCCCGUGGAUGCAGGUCUGCAGUAAUUUCCCUGCUCUGAUUGACUAUCUCCCAGGGAGUCAUAACAAAGUGCUUAAAAAUUCUGCUUAUGUAAAAAGCUAUAUUUUGGAGAAAGUAAAAGAACAUCAAGCAUCCCUGGAUGUUAACGACCCUCGGGACUUCAUUGAUUGUUUCCUGAUCAAGAUGGAACAGGAAAAACACAAUCACCAGAUGGCGUUUACUUUUGAAAACUUGAUAGCCACUAUAUCUGACUUGUUUGAAGCUGGGACAGAGACAACGAGCACCACUCUGAGAUAUGGGCUCCUCCUGAUGCUGAAGCACCCAGAUGUCACAGCCAAAGUGCAGAAAGAGAUUGACUCUGUGAUUGAGAGACACCGAAGUCCUUGCAUGCAGGACAGAAUCCACAUGCCCUAUACAGAUGCCGUGGUGCAUGAGAUCCAGAGAUACAUUGACCUGGUCCCCAUUGGCCUGCCUCACACUGUGACCAGGGACAUUAAAUUCAGAAACUACCUCAUCCCCAAGGGCACGACUGUAUUAACAUCACUGACUUCUGUGCUAAAUGAUGACCAAGAAUUCCCCAACCCAGAGGUGUUUGACCCUGGCCACUUCCUGGAUGAGAGUGGCAACUUUAAGAAGAGUGACUGCUUCAUGCCUUUCUCAACAGGAAAACGAAUUUGUGUGGGAGAAGGCCUGGCCCGCAUGGAGCUAUUUUUAUUCCUGACUAGCAUUUUACAGAAAUUUACCCUGGAACCUGUGAUUGACCUAAAGGACAUCGACACCACCCCCAUUUUAAGUGGGUUCAGCCACAUGCCACCGUCAUACCAGCUCCGCUUCAUUCCUGUAUAAUGAAGAGCAGACCCUGCGGCUGCUGCGAUGCUGUUCUCUGUAACUCGUCCUCUUCUGGGCUUCAUUCACCUCUUUUUCAUUAGCAGGGAUGCUCUCUCUGACCUCCCAUCUUGUAUCUCCACAUUCCCUCAAUAUCCAGCUAAUAUCCAACCUCCAUUAAAAAUUUCCUAAGUUUUACUGCACAAAUGUAUGUGCUAUCCUUAUACUCUGUAACACUCAGAUUGGCUAUCACAUGUGUUCAUUGUUACCUAAUAUUGAGUUAGUGUUGUGUUAUCAGUGUGAAACAGUAGAGUGAUUGAUAUAAGCCAGUAUGUAGCUGUUUGUCCUCUGCAUUUCUAAAUAAAAAGCAUCACACUUUGCUGA